AUGACAGAGGACGCCAGCUGUCACCCUUCCGUGUUCCCUGCGUGUUUUUUUCUCACACUGAUGCCGCUGAAGCCCGAGGACAAGACACGGGCCUCUGGAGUAAAGGUAUCUCCGGCGCAGAGACAGAUCGCAUCUACCUUCCACCUGAGCACCAUUUGUCCCGAUCGGGUGUCCCAGGCUCGACGUGGGCUGUUUGGCGAGAGACUAGGCGAUUGUAACUUCGAGAAGCCGCUGGCAGCGUGUGGAUACAGCCAGGGCCGAGAUGACGACCUUGACUGGGAGCUGGCCAAUACGAGAGAGAAGACUUCAUCAGAUCCAUGGCUGCCCUCAGGAAACCACUUAACUCAUGAUCUUCUCCUUUUGUUGAUGCGUUCAGGGUCAGCCUUCAUGAUGGUGAACACAUCGGGGCGCUUCGCGGGGCAGAGGGCUUUGCUGUUGACGCCUCAGCUGAAGGAAAACGACACGCACUGUGUCAUAUUCAACUACUACAUAGGAGGAAGAGACAACAGCCACCCGGGUCACCUGAAUGUCUAUAUCAAAGAAAACAACAGCCCCAUGGGGAUGCCGAUUUGGAAUGUGUCGGGCCCGGCCUCUCGCUCUUGGGGGCAGGUGGAGCUGGCCAUCAGCACCUACUGGCCCAACUUCUACCAGAUUGUGUUUGAAGCUGUAACCUCAGGGCAACGCGGCUUGCUGGCCAUCAAAGACGUCGUGGUUCAGGGCCAUCAGUGCAUGAAUACUCCACACUUCCUGACAAUAAAAGGAGUGGAGGUCAAUGCUGGACAGACGGCAUCUUUUCACUGCACCGUCAAUGGACGUAAGAAGGACAACUUUCGCCUCUGGCUUCAGGGCAUGGGUGGACGGGAGGCCCCGAUGAAAGCGACUAAACCUUGGAACAACCGGCGCUUCAUAGGCACUUUCGAUGUGGAGAACACAACCAAGGGCGACUCGGGCCGUUACCGCUGCAUUGUCCACUCAGACAAAGGAGUUGGAGUGUCCAAUUAUGGCGAGCUAACCAUAAAACAACCCCCGGUUCCCAUUGCUCCUCCCCAGCUGACGGCUGUGGGAGCCACCUACCUUUGGAUCCAGCUUAAUGCCAACUCCAUCAACGGAGACGGUCCAAUAAUUGACCGGGAGGUGGAGUACCGCACAGUGUCCGGUACCAUGUACGACCUGCAGCCCGUGGACAAGACCACGCACAAGAUCGGCCACCUCGAUCCAGAUACUGAGUACGAGAUCAGCGUCCUGCUGACCAGACCCCUGGAGGGAGGCACCGGGGCUCCUGGACCACCUCUGAGGGCCAGGACCAAAUGUGCAGGUGAGGCCUUCCGCUUACUGAAAAAGCUCCGGUCCUUUUUAAAUCCCAAAGUUUAG